AGGCUGCGAUUCCAUUAUUAGUAUCGCCGGGUUUUGGAGGGAGAGAGGCACCUUUCUCAUCCUCUCUUCCUCUCCGCCCGCCCCUGCUCCCUCCCCCUCAUCUACCUGUCAAAGUCACUGAUCUUUGGCAUUUCCGAAGAGGACGUCAACGGGAAGGAAUUCCCCCCUCUCCACGCCGGCUCCGAGAGGGGGCGAGCGCGCGGGAGGCUCCCCGGGCGCCGGGCGAAGGGUGUUGGUGCCAGAAGAAAAGAAUGAUUGAUGGGAAACAGACACCAGCCUAGUGACACUCAUCCUUUUGCUUCAGAUACUGAUAUCUCAACACGUCUGAGCAUCCCUUGUAAGCCGUGAACACUGAGGAUCAUUCAGGGUUAUCGGAUGUACAAUGGGAGAGCCAUCACUUUGCUAAAUUAUUGUCUGCUACUGGACAUAUUUUACAAAAACCAAACCAUUCCGGAGUCUAACAGAUGUGUUCUAGGACAAAAUAAAAAAAAAAAAAAAAGGAAGCUGUGAGUUGUUGCUAACGCCUAAUCCACAAGUAUGUUAGGCUUCUACCAGUGUCCUCAAUAAAUCUGAACAUGCACAAUAUUUAACCCAGCGCAUUUGGUUUUGGAAUCUGCUUUGAGAUCUCUUCCUCAUCUAUUUUUUUUUUAAAUAUAUGGACCUACCUAUAUAGAGACUUAUAUAUUUAUGUAAGACAGAGACGGGUCAAAAAUAAACCACGGAGACUGCAAAGAAUUUAGAGAUGUAUUUGUCAAGAUUCCUGUCGAUCCAUGCCCUUUGGGUCACCGUGUCCUCAGUGAUGCAGCCCUACCCUUUGGCGUGGGGCCAUUACGACGUGUGUAAGACGCAGAUUUACACAGAAGAAGGAAAAGUUUGGGAUUACAUGGCCUGUCAGCCUGAAUCCACGGACAUGACAAAAUACCUGAAAGUGAAACUGGACCCUCCGGAUAUUACCUGUGGAGAUCCUCCUGAGACCUUCUGUGCAAUGGGUAACCCCUAUAUGUGCAAUAAUGAAUGUGAUGCUAGUACCCCUGAGCUGGCACACCCACCUGAGCUGAUGUUUGAUUUUGAAGGAAGACACCCCUCCACAUUUUGGCAGUCUGCUACUUGGAAGGAGUAUCCCAAGCCUCUGCAAGUGAACAUCACUCUGUCUUGGAGCAAAACCAUUGAGCUCACAGACAACAUAGUGAUCACCUUUGAAUCGGGGCGGCCAGACCAAAUGAUCCUGGAGAAAUCCCUGGAUUACGGACGAACGUGGCAGCCUUAUCAGUAUUACGCUACAGACUGCUUGGAUGCGUUUCACAUGGAUCCCAAAUCUGUGAAGGAUCUGUCACAGCACACGGUCUUAGAAAUAAUUUGUACAGAAGAGUACUCCACAGGCUAUUCCACAAAUAGCAAAAUAAUCCACUUUGAAAUCAAAGACAGGUUCGCGUUUUUUGCUGGACCUCGGCUACGCAAUAUGGCUUCCCUGUACGGACAGCUGGAUACAACCAAGAAACUCAGAGAUUUCUUCACAGUCACAGACCUGAGGAUAAGGCUGUUGAGACCAGCCGUUGGGGAAAUAUUUGUCGAUGAGCUCCACUUGGCGCGCUACUUUUACGCAAUCUCAGACAUAAAGGUGCGAGGAAGGUGCAAGUGUAAUCUCCAUGCCACAGUGUGUGUGUAUGACAACAGCAAACUGACAUGUGAAUGUGAGCACAACACCACAGGCCCAGACUGUGGGAAAUGCAAGAAGAAUUAUCAGGGCCGACCUUGGAGUCCAGGCUCGUAUCUCCCCAUCCCCAAAGGCACUGCAAAUACCUGUAUCCCCAGUAUUUCCAGUAUCGGUAACUGUGAAUGCUUCGGCCACUCCAAUCGAUGCAGUUAUAUCGAUCUGCUAAAUACAGUCAUUUGCGUGAGCUGUAAACACAACACUAGAGGGCAGCACUGUGAGUUAUGCAGGCUGGGCUACUUCAGAAAUGCUUCUGCACAGCUGGACGAUGAGAAUGUGUGCAUAGAGUGUUAUUGUAACCCUUUGGGCUCAAUCCAUGAUCGUUGUAAUGGCUCAGGAUUUUGUGAGUGUAAGACUGGAACGACAGGGCCUAAGUGUGAUGAGUGUCUGCCGGGAAAUUCCUGGCACUACGGCUGUCAACCGAAUGUCUGCGACAACGAGCUCCUGCACUGUCAGAACGGAGGGACGUGCCACAACAAUGUGCGCUGCCUGUGCCCGGCUGCCUACACCGGCAUCCUGUGUGAGAAGCUGCGGUGCGAGGAGGCGGGCAGCUGCGGGCCGGACUCCGGCCAGGGGCCGCCAGCGCACAGCCAGCCCGCCCUGCCGCUGCUCCUGCUGCUGCUCCUGCUGAGCGCGCUGCUGGGGACCGCCAACCCCCUGGUGUUCUAGGCGUUGCCUCAUGCCCUGGGACCGGCCUGUGCCGCAGGGAAGCAAAGGCAACCCUAGCAUUUGCUACCAACGUAGAAACACACAAACACACACACCCCAGACACCCCACUCGAACACAGUGUGCAAACUAAGAGGGCCUAACUGAACUAAGCCAUAUUUAUCAGCCGUGGACAGCACAUCGGGGUCAAGACUGUUCACUUCUGACUCCAGAGGAGUUGGCAGCUGUUUGAUAUUAUCACUGCAAAUCACAUUGCCAACUGCAAAGCUUGCUAUGGAUUGGAAAGGCUGUGACAGCCCCCUCACCCCAACAGGAAAGACAAAAGGCAAACAAACAAAUCAAUCAACCUACAAACAUUCGCUACUCCAACGCGGUGCGACCUGGCGCCGCUCUGCCCAGCGUGCGGACCACCCAACAGAAGCGUUCUGCGUGGCCGGGCGCAUCGUGGGUUUAUGGAAGUCUGUUACAAGCUGCCAUAUUGGCCUGCUUCAGCCCCUAGAUCCCUUCCAACCUGUGCUUUAGUGAACGUUGCUCUGUAACCCCUGUUGGUUGAAAGAUUUCUUUGUCUGAUGUUAGUGAUACACAUGUGUAACAGCCCCUCCAAAAGCGCCAGCCAGUCAUACCCCUGCAUAUCUUAGCAGCACUGAGUCAUCUCGGUGCGAGGCACACCCACUAGACAAGAGUGGCUAUAGGAAAAGAGAAAGUGUAUCUAUCCUUUUGUAUUCAAAUGAAGUUAUUUUUCUUGAAAUACUGUAAUAUGUAGAUUUUUUGUAUUAUUGCCAAUUUGUGUUACCAGACAAUCUGUUAAUGUAUCUAAUUCAGAUCAGCAAAGACUGACGUUUUAUUUUGUCCUCUUUCGUUUUGGUUUUGUUUCAUUGUGCAGAGAUUCCUCUGUAAGGGCAACGAACGUGCUGGCAUCAAAGAAUAUCCGUUUACAUAUAUAACAAGUGUAAUAAGAUUCCACCAAAGGACCUUCUAAAUGUUUUCUUGUUGCUUUAACACUGGAAGAUUUAAAGAAUAAAAAUUCCUGCAUAAACGAUUUCAGGAAUUUGUAUUGCAAUUUCUUAAGAUGAAAGGAGCAGCCACCAAGCAGUUUCACACUCACUUUACUGCUUUCUGUGUGGACUGAAUACAUUCAGCUGACGAAUUUAGUACCCAGGAAGAUGGAUUGAUGUUCACUAGCUUGGACAACUUCUACAACAUAUGAGACUACUUCCACUUGGGAAAAAUUAUAACAGCAAAAAAAAAAAAAUCUAAGCGAUUGCCAAGAUUAUGCCAAAGCCUGUUGGCACAGUACUAAGAGACUUUUAUUUUUAAGUCAUGCUAUUUUCACAGAUUGAUGGUGAUCAUGUGACUCUAGGGAUGCUGAUCUAUGUAUCUUUCCAAAUACAGUGUUUACAUGGAGUAUCCUAAGAAGCUACCUGGGGCACCAGAAGAGUAGCAGGGACAUUGAGUGGUUAGCAAUUUGACUUUAUAGGAAGACUAAAUACUUAGAGGAAAUACCGAAACAUACAGCAGCAAGUAGACUUCACUGCUGUCCCUAAGAAUAAAGUUUGUUUUAAGUACUGCCCACGGUGUAAUAAAUUCUUGUUUCUGCCUUUUAUUAGGCCAAUUACUGUACAAGACAGCUAAGGGAAGGGAGUAGGGAGAACCACUGAAAACGCUCAUAGAGGCAAAAACAGUGUGUGUUCCAUUCCUAACAUCCUGGUGUCCUACAGGUUACAAAUGUGUUAGCAGCAGCAUCUCCUGGAAUCAAAAAUAAUUAUCAGCCCUAGCCAGAGUCUUAAGGACAAUGAAGUUCUACAUGACUCGAUGGAGCAAUAACCUCUGAGAGCAUUAGGCUGGAGGCUGGGUUCCAGUCUGAAUUCUUCUCCCUGCUGCCACUCUGCAGAAACGGGGGGAGGAAAUGUCUUCUGAUAAAUAAGCUGAGUAAAAACUAGAUGAAGGAACAGCAUGUCUUAUUGGUUUUGUUCCCAGAAAAGCCAAUUCAGAGAAGGCAAUAAAAGGUAAACAGGUAAUGCCUGUACUGCCUGCCACCCCACGUCUAAGUCGAUUGAACGUUUGUUAUUCAAACCAACAGUCUCUUUUGAUAUAAGAAAUAAAAGAUGGAAAUAAAUUAGAGCUCUGGCUUCAUGCCAGAGUGGCCAACAAGAAAUUGGAGAUUUACAUUGGAAGCAUAAACAGAAAUUAUAUUUCAGGUUCAGCAAAGAAUGCACAUGAAAACGCUGAUAACAUACAGUGUUGAGAUUACUUAUAAUGAGGUGGAUUUCUAAUAUUAAAAUUGGAAUUUAAGUUGUCUUAUAGUUUAUUAGCACAAACCAAAGGCAGACUGUGUUAUUUCUGGCAAUGAUGCACUUUAUCAUUAUUCACUCAUGGCUUUAUCACAGUGCUCAGGAAUCAGACACUGCACAUUCAAUACAGGGGAUUCCAAAGCUAAUUCUAAAAUUUAAUGAAGCCCUGAUCUAAAUCAGUUCAUCUGCAUUUUAUCUUUAUGAGGCUAUAAGAAUCUAAAUUGAUGAGGAAUAUCUUGCAUUCAGUGUAUUUAGAUAUAGUUUUCUGAAUUUCCUAAAGUGAUGUGAUCUGCUUUUAAUAAAAAUUCACUUUUAGGUAUAUA